GAGGAGAGGGCGCGGCGACGCCUGCUGCACGCCCCGGCGUGGCGAGGCGCUCCGGCAAGGCUCGGGAGCGUCGGAAGUUGUGGCGGAGCCGGCACGCGCCGCGGAGGCGGGCCCUCAGGAUCCCUACCGCAGCGGGCUGUCGUUCCUUCCUCCAAGGGGCGCCUGCCCGCCACUCGGCCCCUCACGACGCGCCGGUGAGCAGGCCGCGCGCUCGAGAGCACUGGAAGCAGCCCCACGCUCCCGACGGAAUGCGCAGUGGCCUGCUCGGGACAGCCCAUGAUGCCUUGGCCCCUCAGAACGAAGGGAGGAGACAAGACUCUAGAAUCGAGGCUUGGCUGCGUCCAAGGGGCGGAGCAGGAGGAGAGGAUUAGGGAGGGAGGCCGAGGAGGGACAGGGCCGAGGAGGAGGAGGCCGAACCCUGACCGCAGAGAACGGGGGCGCCGUUUCGCCGAGAAAGAUGCCCGAGCCCCGCGCCCCGCGCCCGGCCACGGGCGCGCCGGCCAGCGCAGCCGAGGGAGCCGGGCAGGGCGCCCACGGGGGGCUUCGUCAGAACAAAAUCCGACGUCGGAGGAGGAGGAGGAGGAGGAAGAGGCGGAGAAGGAGCUCGUCAGCAAGAGGGAGAGUCGGACGCCAGGAGCGCUGCCUGACGAGGAGGAAGGGCCCUCAGAUCUGGGCGCCGCAAGCCGAGCAUCUGCACGCCCGAAGCGAAGCAGGAGAAGAAACGGGGCGCGUGCUGUCCAAUGCGUUCGGCGUUCUCGGCCUCGGGAGGCCGCUCCGGGAGCCUCAGGGGCCGCGCAGAGCGGCUCGGAGCGACACGAGGGGAUCCACGAGGAGCCGCGGCACGGCAAACUGCAGCGUCGGAGGAGGGAGGAGAAGGACUGAGGAUCAACAGAAGAGAAGGCAAG